AUGCCUGAAGCCGUCGCCAUGCCCCAGAAGCGGGUUCUGGGCGAUGCAUCAAAUAACCCUCGUGGUGUCGCAACAGAUCCCAGUGCGCUCAAGAAGCGCAGGAUAGAGAAUGGCCCUGCCGCCGCUAUGAAGCCCCCGACAAAUGGCCAGCGCCGAGUUCCGGGCUCCAGCCAACCCCAGAAGAGUCAGUUCGAGGCGGAGGUUCUGGAGAAGCUGACCCAGGAUAUCAACGGGCUGAAGGACAGCAAUUCGGAGAAGGACCAGCAAUGGGAGCGACCACCACUGGGUGAAUUUGACCCGUCUACGGAGAACAUCUGUUUCCAACAGAUCGAUGCGGAAGAGGGGACAAUCAUGGGCGGCAAGACUGCCGUUCGACUGUUUGGUGUGACUGAGGCCGGCCAAUCGGUCCUCCUCCACGUUACCGGAUUCCAACAUUAUCUCUACAUCGCUGCGCCCGUGAAUUUCACCAAGGACGACUGCGAGCCCUACCGAGCUUUCCUGGAGAGCAGAGUCGGACAGUUUCAACCUACGAUUCAGUCAGUACAAAUAACGAUGCGAGAAAACAUCUACGGGUUCCAAGGCAACCAGAAAAGCUAUUACCUCAAGAUCACAGUUACGGAUCCUAAAUUCAUCAGCAAAGUCCGGUCAGCGUUGGAACAAGGCGGUGCCCAAAGCUUGAACUACAAAGGUCUCUGGAACAACUCUGAUGGUGGAAUCCUUACGUUUGACAGCAUCCAAUACCUCCUCAGAUUCAUGAUCGACACGGAUAUUUCGGGCAUGUCUUGGGUUGAAGCAAAGGCUGGGAAGUACCGCUUAUUCCAACAACACGAGAAGGUGUCGAAUUGUCAAAUCGAGGCCAGUGUCGACUACCGAGACCUUAUCUCCCAUCCACCCAACGGCGAGUGGGCUAAGAUGGCCCCGCUGCGCAUUCUGUCGUUCGAUAUCGAGUGCGCUGGACGAAAGGGUAUCUUCCCUGAACCGAACCACGACCCAGUCAUUCAGAUCGCCAAUGUCGUAACGCGUUACGGAGAGUCUAAACCGUUUAUUCGUAAUGUGUUUGUUCUGGAUACAUGCAGUUUGAUUGUCAACACUCAAAUUCUGGAAUUCAAGGACGAGGCGAAGAUGCUCAUGGCCUGGCGCGAUUUCGUGCAAAAGGUGGACCCGGAUGUCAUAAUCGGCUACAAUAUUGCCAACUUCGAUUUUCCGUAUCUAUUGGAUCGCGCCAAGCAUCUGAAAUGCACUGGCUUCCCCUACUGGACCAGACUGAACGGUGUGCAGUCGCAAAGCAAGGAAACCAACUUUUCCAGCAAGCAGAUGGGUAACCGUGACACGAAGUCAACGAACACUAAUGGUCGAAUCCAACUCGACAUGCUUCAGUUGGUACAACGAGACUAUCACCUGCGAAGUUAUACCCUGAACUCGGUGUCUUAUGAAUUCUUGGGCGAACAGAAGGAGGAUGUCCAUCACACAAUGAUCACUGAGCUAUAUAACGGAACUCCCGAUUCUCGACGGCGUUUAGCUGUCUACUGCUUGAAGGAUGCAUAUCUACCGCAGAGACUGAUGGACAAGUUGAUGUGCUUGGUCAACUACACCGAAAUGGCAAGAGUGACGGGUGUGCCCUUCAACUUUCUGCUGUCACGCGGUCAGCAAGUCAAGUUCAUCAGUCAGCUGUUCCGCAAGGCUUUGGAGCAGCAGCUUGUCAUCCCGAAUACGAAGUCCAACGACGAACAAGACUACGAAGGUGCUACUGUUAUCGAGCCUGUCAGGGGCUACUACGGUGUGCCUAUCGCAACUCUCGAUUUCGCGUCCCUAUACCCGUCCAUCAUCCAGGCCCAUAAUCUCUGCUACACAACGCUGUUGAAUAAGAAUAGCGUUGAAAGGCUGAAGCUUGUAAAGGAUGAAGACUACAUCGUGACCCCUAAUGGCGACAUGUUCUGUACCGCCAAAGUUCGCAAAGGCCUGUUGUCACAGAUUCUGGAAGAACUGCUGUCUGCACGUAAACGUGCCAAGAAAGAGCUGGCCACUGAGACUGAUCCGUUCAAGAAAGCUGUCUUGAACGGACGACAGCUCGCUCUAAAGAUUAGCGCAAACAGUGUGUACGGUCUCACAGGUGCCACUGUCGGAAAGCUGCCCUGCUUGCCUAUCGCGAGUAGUACAACCAGUUAUGGACGACAGAUGAUCGAGAAGACGAAACAGGAGGUGGAAGCCCGGUACACCAUCGCGAAUGGUUAUUCUCAUGAUGCCAAGGUCAUCUACGGUGAUACUGAUUCGGUCAUGGUCAAAUUUGGCGUUGACAACUUGGAGGAAGCUAUGAAGCUUGGACAAGAGGCGUCCGAAUACGUCUCGUCCAAGUUCCUGAAGCCGAUCAAGCUGGAGUUCGAAAAGGUCUAUUUCCCGUAUCUUCUGAUCAACAAGAAGCGGUACGCCGGACUAUACUGGACGAACCCCAACAAAUACGACAAGAUGGAUACGAAGGGUAUCGAAACCGUUCGUCGCGACAACUGCCUGCUGGUUCAGAAUGUUAUCGAGACGGUCCUACAAAAGAUUCUGGUUGAGCGGGACAUUGAUGGGGCACAAGACUACGUCAAGGACACCAUUUCCGACCUUCUGCAAAAUAAGAUCGAUAUGUCGAAGCUUGUGAUCACCAAGGCCUUGUCCAAGGAUGCGUAUACGGCGAAGCAGGCACACGUGGAACUUGCGGAGCGCAUGAGGAAGCGUGACGCGGGUUCAGCACCCACGCUUGGCGACCGUGUGGCAUAUGUCAUUAUCAAGGGUGCCGGAGGGUCCAAGAACUACGAAAGGUCCGAGGAUCCGAUCUACGUCCUUGAGAACAACAUCCCCAUCGACACGAAAUACUACCUCGACAACCAACUAGCCAACCCGCUCGGCCGUAUUUUCGAACCCAUUCUCGGAGAAAAGAAAGCCAGCCAACUUCUCACCGGCGAACAUACCCGUGCCAUCUCCGUGGCCGCGCCAACCAUGGGCGGACUGAUGAAGUUCGCCAAGAAGACGCAAACCUGCCUGGGAUGCAAGAAGCCCUUAUCCGGCAAGGAAGAAGCAGAGGGAGCCGUGUGCGCUUACUGCCGUCCCCGCCUCGGCGAGCUCUACACCAAGUCGUUGACCAAAGUAUCAGACCUUGAAGUCCGGUUCGGACGACUCUGGACUCAAUGCCAGCGGUGUCAAGGCAGUUUGCACUGUGAAGUCAUUUGCUCGUCCAGGGAUUGUCCUAUCUUCUAUAUGCGCAUGAAAGCAAAGAAAGAUGUGGAGGACGCGCAAAAAGAACUGUCUCGAUUUGAUAAUGAUGCGGGUGCAUGGUAA